AUGUUACAUAAUGGAAAAGCAGAUUUAAGUGAAUUAAAAGGUGAUGGAAAUACUACAAUUAAUCUAUAUCAACAAGCAGUUUAUCAGCUAAAUUGUCUUCAAAGCAAUACUCAAAUAAUUUCUGCUGCCAUUAAUUUAAAAAAACGAAAAAAUAGACAAGAUGUUUUAGAGGAAAUGCUGGAAUGUUUGACACCGCUGAAUAUUUCGCUUGCCGAUAUAGACUCACUAAAUUGUAUUCACAUUGCUGGCACUAAAGGAAAGGGUUCAACAUGUGCCUUUUUAGAGUCUAUUUUACGUCAACUUGGAUAUAAAACAGGAUUUUAUUCUUCUCCACAUUUAAUUCACGUCCGAGAACGUAUACAAAUUAAUGGACAACCAAUUAGUGAAGAAUUAUUUGCCAAACAUUUUUUUCAUGUUUUUGAUACUUUGAAGGAUUCUCUGCAAAAUCAGGAAAAAAUGCCCGGUUAUUUUAAAUUUUUAACAAUUAUGGCUUUUUAUAUAUUUUAUGUGGAGAAGGUUGAUGUUGCUAUUGUUGAGGUUGGAAUUGGAGGUGAAAGUGAUUGUACAAAUAUAAUUCAAAAUCCAAUUGUUUGUGGAAUUACAACGUUAGAUUUGGACCAUACAAGUAUUCUUGGCUCAACUAUUCCUGAAAUUGCUUGGCACAAAGCUGGAAUAGCCAAACCUAAUUGUACAUUACUAACUGUUGAACAACCACCAGAAGCAAUUGAAGUAAUAAAACAAAGAUGUAAAGAAAUAAAUUCUAAAUUCUUGAUUGUUCCCUCAACAAUUAAUUCAUAUAAAUGGCCAGAUUCGAAUAUUAAAUUUGGAAUAAGUGGUUAUCAUCAACAUUUAAAUGUUUCCCUAGCUUUGCAAUUAGCCCGUAUUUUUUGUCUUAAUUCAACAAAAAAUGGUAAUUUCCUUCCAUUUUUCACUCAAAAUUUGCCAAAAGAAACAACAAAAUUAAAUAAUAAUUUGGAUGGAUUUGAAGUUAAUGAAAAUAUUUACAAAGCAUUAUUUAAUUGUAAAUGGCUUGGAAGAAGUCAAAUUUUACAAAAAGAAAAUAUUUUUUAUUUUUUAGACGGAGCACAUACUCCUUUAAGUAUUAAAUAUUGUGCACAAUGGUUUAAAGAAAAUUCUUUCAAAAAUAAUAAUAAAAUACAACGUUUAUUAAUUUUUCACUGUACUGGUUAUAGAGAUUCUUUACAACUUUUACCUGUUUUUAAAAAUUUUAAUUUCAAUGCCGCCCUUUUUUGUCCAGCAAUUAUCGAAGAAAAUAAUUCUUUAAUUAAUGACUCUAUUAAUUUAAAUCAUGAUUCUUUUAAAGAAUUGAAAAGGUGUUAUAAAGACAAACAAUUGUGGAUGGAAUUAUUUGAAAACAAAAUUGAAGGCAACAACAACAACAAUUUACUAACAUCCAAUCAACUUUCUUCUACUAAAACAAAUGCCCAUUGUUUUUCUUGUAUUUCACAAACACUUGAAUGGGUUAACCAAUAUUCUUUAAAUAUGGCUAAAGACAAUGAAUUACAUGUUUUAAUAACAGGAAGUCUUCAUUUAGUUGGGGAUACACUUGCAAUUUUGGAGAGGUCUACAACAAAUAAUGAAAAGAAGAAUUGAAAAUAAUAUUUAAAUAUUUAAUAUAUGUACUUGCAUGACUUUUUAAUAUAUUUAAAAAUGUAAAGAAGCUUUUAGACAUAAAACCACUUAACUCUUUCAUAAAAAUAAAAACAUAUUUAUUUUUCAUUAAUGUACAUAAAAUUAAAACUUGGCAGCUUAGCUUAAAAAUUAUAUUCAC